GCCCAGAAGAAGUGAGUCACGAGGUCGGAACCGAGCUCAGGCAGCAGCGCCAUUAGAGGCCCCGCCUGGUAGUUGGGUCCCUUGCGAGGAGGCUCCCCCUGUGUCGGGAGCCACUUCAUCGCAUAGCAGCCAGCCGCCCGCUGGUCCCCCUCAAGGACACCAAUCUGCGCAGCAGCCGCCUGCCGCUGCUUGGGACUAUCGACAGCCCCCGCCGGGGCAGUUCCCUCAUCCAGCUCACCUACCA